AUGAGUGUAUAUUUGGUAAUUUCGUGCAAUUUGGUUUCAAGGUUGACGGAAAUCCGGGGACUGCGCCUACCUGAUGAGCCCCAAAAAGUCAACCAAGGGAUGCGGAUGAAUACUGUGAGCUGGUCAGAGUCUCAUCGAUGGUGGUACAUGAAUUGGAAAGGGGGGACAAUAAUUCUGGAAAAUGCAGAGGUCUUAGGACGGGGACUGAGAUCCAUAUCAUGGUGGCUGACGGCCGAGGGCGUAGAAGUCAACAAGCAUCACAGCGUGAAUAGAAUCGAGGAUGUGGAACGGGCGUGCGUAUGGAGAGCGGUCUUAGGCAAGUCGAGUUGGCAGGCGACGCCUCUUGUCAAAUGUUGGAAUAUUUUCUUACGACGGAAUUCAGGCAGCCGUCGAGUAUGUGCUGGUUGUGGAUGGCGUCAGCGUGUCAGUAACGAGGUGAUUAGAAAACGGGUAUUUGGUUGUGCUGCAGGCACCUCAAUCCGAGAAAACAUCCAGCAUCAUCGACUACGAUGGCUCGGUCAUGUGCUACGCAUGCCGAUGCAUCGUCUACCGAGACGAGUGUUGUUCUCCGUGCCUCCUUCAGGGAGGGCGCAACCGCGAGGUGGACAGCAUAUGACUUGGCGGAAAGGCAUCAAAGAGAUCACGAAAAGUUUGGGUGUUGCUGGUGUUGAUGGGGUCCCCGCCACCCCGCCUGUGCUUGGCUGGAGACGUUGCAAGAAAUGGCGGCUAAUCGAUGUCAGUGGCGUUUGUGCUGUCAGUUUCUUUCCAGAUUGUCUGAUUGAGUGGUUGGAGAACAUAAGGUUGACGGAAACUCGGGAACUGCGCCUACCUGAUGAGCUCCAAGAGGGGAGAAACCGGUCGUGGGCUGUCGAGGAGUUUUCAGCGACCUUAUGA